AUGUCUAUCACGUUGCUCAAAAAAUAUCUACCGAUAUCACUGGCACUACUCCUCUUCUACGGCAGCGCCUCACGAUUUAGCCAUGGUGCAACAUCAACUGCAUCCUUCUAUCAAUAUCAAAAUGAUCGAAGCCCCGAUGAUGGGUCGACUUUGUCCCGUGUCAUUCCUAUCUUCGAUCUUAUCGUUGGGACCACUAUUCUGCAGCCAGGACUGUCACGCAAAGUCGCAACAUGCUUUGUAGCAUCGACUAUCACCAGUGUAGCUGUUCAGCGUUACUUGGCUGGGUUGGACUGUCAAGGCGACUUUCUACAGGGUAUUUGGGCAACUGCUGCAGCUAUUGCGACUCUGAUCUCGUUUGACGAGAAGGGCGCAGAUCGUAACCGAGCUACCGAGGUCAGCGUUACCCUGUUUGGAAUAGCUUAUCUUAUCUUCCCUGGACCACCAAGAGAGCCCAUCGUCCUUCAACUACUAUUAGUAUUAACAUCCCACUCAAGAGAAUAUCUCGCUGAGACGGCAAAUGGCGAUGAAGACACACCAAAGCUUGCUGUGAAGCAAUACGUCCCCCACGACAACCCUAAUCCUCAACCUGGCGAUGUAACCGUUAUUGGUGCUCACGCAAAUGGUUUUCCAAAGGUAACGAAGCUAAAGGUUCUCGGUAUGAAACUAGAACUGACUUGUCAGGAACUGUAUGAGCCUUUAUGGGAUGAGCUUUAUGACCGAGCAAGACAACAAGAUCUCAGGAUUCGAUCGAUAUGGAUUGCAGAUGUAUGGAAUCAAGGACAAUCAGGGGUUAUUAAUGAGAGAGUACUCGGCAACGAUCUCAGUUGGUUUGACCAUUCAAGGGAUCUAAUGAACCUCAUUAACCAGCACCAACGAGACAUCCCUCAUCCGAUCGUUGGCAUCGGUCAUAGUAUGGGUGGAACUCAGCUGGCACAGUUGGCACUUUGGCACCCCAGGCUUCUGGACUCAUUAGUACUUAUCGACCCCAUUAUCCAGAUACCGAACCCAAGCAUUUCCCUCGCCGGCCUUUCCACAAAGAGGCGGGAUAUCUGGUCAUCAAGGGAAGAUGCCAUUACAAGGUUCAAGAAGAGCAAGUUCUUCCAGUCUUGGGAUGCUCGUGUUCUGGACCUUUGGAUAGGACAUGGGCUUCGAGAUCUUCCGACUGAGCUUCAUCCGAAGGAAGAGGGUUCAAGUCCAGAUGAGCGAGUUACGCUUACGACUUCGAAGCAUCAAGAGCUCUUUAGCUUCGUUCGACCGACAUACCUACCACGAGACUGGGAGUCAUUCAACGACCAAGACCCAGGACAGAAUAAAGACUGCCCGGACUACCCAUUCCAUCGCCCAGAGCCGCCAAAGAUAUUUCGCCAGUUACCAGAGCUUCGACCAAGUACCCUAUUCGUUUUCGGAAAGGAAUCAGAGUUUUCAUCGCCAAAACGACGAGAGGAGAAAAUGCUGACAACAGGCACCGGAGUUGGGGGCAGCGGAGGUGCAGCUGCUGGUAGAGUUCAAGAGGAGACUCUUGACUGUGGCCAUUUGAUACCGAUGGAGAAGGUUUCUGAGUGCGCAGAUGUCAUCUCUUCAUUCGUCGGGGAAGAAAUGAAACGAUGGCGUGACCAGCAAGAAUCCUUCAAGAGGUACCGUGAAAGCAUGUCUAGACGGCAACAAAUCACGAUGGAUGAACAUUGGGAGGAUAGGGUUAAGCUUGGGGAUAAAUACUUGAGAAAACCAUAG